AUGUGUACAAUUCGAUCGACUUCAGUUUUCUUCGUGGACUGGGAGACAACUAGCAAGGAUUUCUUAAAGGGUAUACGGUUUUCGUCGUCACAGAGAGAGAUAAAAGUUCACAUCUUUUACAAUAAGAAUACCACGAAACGAGAACUGCCCGAAGAUUGUGAAUGGAUUGUGAAACAUCCUUCUUUGACAUGUUCGCCUGACGCCUCGUGGACGGCUCUUUUGACAUAUAUUUUGCAUUUCUACACACAUAUCUCGUGCAACUGUUCAAACAAACCCUGCAAACUUUGGUCAAAGCCUCACAUCCACAAUAAGUACAAGGCAAACGUCGUUUGCGGGGAUGAAACUAGAUAUGAAGAGCUAGAGGCCAUCUUGAAAUUCAAUAAAAUUCCAGUUAAGAUCAUUAACGUUGGCGAAAAAACGUUACUGGACUUAUUCCAGUAUUCUUGUACGCAAUGCAAAGUUAUUUUCAAAUCGAAGAAAGAGGCUGAAUUUCAUGACCACAGCAAGCAUAAUUAUUUGUGCACCAAUUCGAAGUGCGAAAAAAGUAAGCGAGAGAACGGGUUCUUCGCAAAGAGAGAAUUAGAGGAUCACUUGGUGGGCCAGAAACGCUGCGAAUUUUGCCCCGAGAAAAUCUUCUGUUCAUCCAGGAAGCUCGAAGAACAUAUGGAUAAAGCGCACAAGCGAUGUGAUUGCAGCUGCGAACGGUACUACGAGACUAAAGACGAUUAUUUUGAACAUUUCUACAGUAAUUUACCGCUUCCCUGCCUAGAAGAUCCAAGCUGUUCCGAUCGGUUUCCUAACAUCGAAAACCAAGCUUUUCAUCAUAAAACAGUCCAUGGGGCGACCUACCCAUAUUACUGUAUGGCAUGCUACAAAAAGAGAUAUUUGACGUGCGUUAAAACCGCCGAAGAACUCCUGAACCACGUGGAGGAGGAAAAGCAUGGAGAUGAAGAGUUUUCUUUUGCGCAAAUACCGCUUCACAUCGCAUUAAAUGGAGAGUAA